AUGGAGUCACUUUCAAAGCAAGAGUUAAUAUCGACAAUAACAAAACAAGCUGAUCAAAUUAAACGGUAUGAGGCGAGACUUAGAGAUGUCGUCGCUGCAUACAAAGGUCUAAUAAAGGAAAAAGAUGCCUUGGAGGCUAGUUUAAAGGCUUUAAGUAAUGAAGAAUCUUCCAAUGAAGACUCAAAGGACUCUGUGGCUGCUCUUACACAGUCUCUAGCAACAUUAACCGCUGAGAAGUCUCGUAUGGAGGAAGCUUUCCAAGCUGAUAAGAAAGUGACUAGGGAGAAGUAUGAAAACAUGCUUACUGCUAUCAGGGAAGAAAACAAAACAUUAAUACAACAGCAUCAAAUAGAGGUGGGCAAUUUGAAAGCAAAAAUUUCUUAUGAAAUACAGGAGAGAGAGAAAGAGAGGGCAAAUCACACUGCAAUGUUGAAAGAGCUGAAUAUGAAAUUAACAUCGGAGAGGAGAACCAAAGAGAAGUUAGAGGACAAGGCUGUCCACAGCACAGAGGACCAAGAGGCCGGCGGCCCGGAGAGGUCGCAGCCCGAGCUGGAGGCGAGGGUGCGCGAGCUGAACGCGUCGCUGGAGGCGGCGAGGCGCCGGCUGCAGAGGGCGGAGGCGCGCGCCCAGGACACGCCCGCGCUGCUGCGCAGCCUGCACGGCAAGCUGGCGCUGCUGGAGCGCUCGCACUCGGUCGCGCUGCGGGAGGAGCAGAUCAAAGUGAAACGCGCCGAGGAGGCCGCGAGGAAAACGUGCGCCCGCCAGGAGGAGAGGGUGGCGCUGCUGGAGGCGAGGCUCGCGGAGCUCUCGCAGACCAUCGGGGAGUACGACUCGAUGAGGAGGAAAGACCAGCAGACCAUCCAGCAGCUGAAGGAGACGCUCAACGGCAGCCUCCUGGACAAGGUCGCCAGCAGACGAGACGAGCCCCCCACCCGCAGCGAGACGGACAGCGAGAAGCUCGCCGACAGCGAGUAUCUUCGCACGCUGAUCGACAGGAUCCACAUCCUGAAAAAGGAGCUGAUAGCGGAGAACGAGAAGAUGGGCGGCCCAGUAGACAUGGCGACGGUCUUCUGCGCGGAGUCCUACGGAGACCCCCACGAGGGGUGCAGGGCUGAGCUGCAGAAGAUUAAAGCCGAGCUCGAAGCGUCCAGGGGUGGAGCCUUAAAGGGUGAAGGCGCCAGGAGAGAGGAUCUGGAGGAGAUGGAGUCGCUCCGCGAAGAGCUGGCGAUGCUCAGGGAGCAGGAGCAAGCGUACAGGCUCAUGCUGGACGAGGAGAGACGGGAAUGGGAGCAGUCGAUCAAAGCCUGCGAAGAGAAAUUAUUGAAGGAGAGGGAGCGGAACGAGGAGACUGUAUCCGAGCUGAGGCGGAGGUUGCUCUCGUCCGAGCAGCAGUUGCGGGCGCAGCGGGAGAGGUGCGCCCAGCUGCUGCAGGAGAGCGACGCCCAGCUCACGGCCCGCAGGCACCGCGAGGCCUCGCCCCAGCCGCAGCCCGCCCUGCCGGGGGCGCUGUCCGAUGGGCCGGCCCACAUGCUGCACUAUUCGCACGAGCUGGCGCGGAGGGACCUGGACAUUUCACAGCUGCGGAGGGAAAAGCACGCCCUGGAAGGCCAAUACAGAGACUGUCAGCGCGAGGCGACAAUUGAAAAAGAGAGAUUCAAAGAAGUUAUAAGAACCUUGAAGGAGGAGAUUGACAGGCUGAGGCGAAGCCAGUCCCGUGAGGGCGCCAACCUGGAGUACCUGAAGAACGUGGUGCUCGCCUAUUUGCUGGGCGGUGGGGCCGGUGGCGGUGGGGGCGGUGGGCGAUCCCACAUGCUGAACGCCAUCGCGGCCGUGCUGCACUUCAGCGCCGCCGAGCGGGCCGCGGUGCUCGCCGCGCUG